AUGGGCUGCCAGGCGUUGUCGGGUGGUGCUCUGGCCUCCGGCAAUGUGCCUGCCAUCGUCAAUACGGUGCCUGCUCGCCCCGGUGUGCCGGCCCACUUCAAGGUGACGCUCGAGACCCCCGAUGGCACGCAAUCUUUCGAAUGCCCUGAGGACGUGUACAUUCUGGAUCAGGCUGAGGAGGAGGGUUUGGAGCUGCCCUACUCCUGCCGCGCGGGCUCCUGCUCAAGCUGCGCUGGCAAGGUCCUUGAGGGCGAGAUUGACCAGAGCGAUCAGGCCUUCUUGGACGACGACCAGAUGGGCGAGGGCUUUUGCUUGACCUGCGUGACGUAUGCCACCUCCGACGCUGUGCCUCAUGUGCGGUCUCAGGCUUGCCAGACAGACCUCCAAGCCGAGCAGGUGAUGCGGCUGGAAGCCGCGCGAGCUGAUCUUUCGAACAGACGGCGUUUGGAGCAGGAAGGUACCCUGGCGAAGCGCGAAGCACAGCUGGAGGCGAAGCGCAAGCUCGUGGAGAAGGCCAGGGCGGAACUCGCCGAGGCGCAGCGGGCGCAGCGGAUGCAGCGAAGAAAGCAGGCGCAGGAGAUCGCCAAUCUCGAGGACAGCGUGCGAAGCGCUGAGGAGAAACGCUCUGUUCCACUGAGCGAGGAGGAGAAAGAAAUUCAGGGGCUGCGCAACGAGCUGCAGACCCUCACAGAGGAGAAUCAGUCCAUGUUUGAGGCUGUGAAAUGGGUUCGUGAAGAGGAGGCCAACACCAAGAAUGAGAUUGAGGCGGCAGAGGCAGACGUGAUCCAUCUCCAGGAUGCGCUGCGAGACGCACAGGAGGAGACGCUGGCCAUCCAGCGGAAGCUCGCCCUUUUGAGCAAGAGCCACCAGGAGCUCGAGGCAUUGCCGCCCAUGCGGACGGAGAAGGCCGCAACUGUGGCAGGGGCCCUUAGGUCCUACUACGAGGCCUUCGGCGAGACCACGGAUGGGCUCGACGAUUCGACGGGCGAGUCUGAGCCGGUGAGCGACUGGGCGACCGGGGCCCGCAAGUGGAAAGGCCCGACCGAGAGUGCCUACAACUUUUCCAGUGACAGGGACACUGGGAAGGAGACGAGUGACGACGACUCUCGACCGUUCAGGGAGCAGCUGGAAGCCAAGCGGCCGCUACAAGGCGGCUGGGACGAGAACUGGUCUUGGAAAACGCCUUCCGAAGGCGGCCAGGAUCCUGAAUGGAGCACGCUUUGCACCAGCGCGUGCCUCUUUCGCGAGAACGGCACGGACGACGGCUUGGCGUACCGCGGCGACGUGGACCAGGAGGACCCGAAGGGCCAGGUGAAGGUCGCCGGCGAAGGGCGCAAGGGCACCAAAGUGAGUAACACCUACCCGCCAGCCUUUCGUGGGGAAGGGGACCAGCUAUCGGAGGAGUUGAUUGGACCGAGGAUCAUGGUCCAACUCAAGGACGUGAACGGCACGGACGGCAAGGACAAGAUCUUCAAGGCCCUGGAGAGAGCCCCGAUCAUCCGCCAGCUGGACAAGCACCGGGUGGACGAGCAUAGGCUCACCAAGAGGGACCGGGCCAUGAUCAAGACCAAGGCCGGGACGGAUGUGGACGAGGAGUUGGUCACCAAUGCCAUGAUUGACCUGGCCUCGGAGCCUGAAGGGGAGAAUGGAACGUUCACGGCCGAGAGCUACGGUGAGACGAUCCCGGAGGAAGAUGAGUCCGGGGAAGACGGCGAGCUCGGCGAGCUAGGGGAGCUUCCUCCUGAACUGGCCCACUUGGAGAACGAGGCCUUCGGGGUGCAGUACAAGGCAAAGCAACGCAUCGCCGAGGUGAAGAAGAUGAGGCAGUUCUUCAAGAAGCCGGACGGCGGGGCGGACAAGGAGGAGAGGAAGCGGCUGAUUGCCGAGCAGAUGAAAGUUCGCCCCUGCCAUGCGUGCGGUCAGCUGGGGCAUUGGUCGCGAGAAUGCCCCACCAACGGAAAGAAUGUUCAGGCAGUCUUGGCGACGCGGUCCUCCAAGAUGCCCGCCUCAGCCGUGAACACCACAGCUCCCGACAACAGCGAUCUCCUUGCGGCUCUCUACCAAGGAAGCCGAGUUUCGCAGCGAGGGGCCUCCGAAGAUGCGGCAUAUAAGGGGGCUACGCACCGGGUGUUUUCUGUUGACUUGGAUCUGAGGGAGGUCAUGUGGUCACUCAAGGAGCUAGCGUACAAGGUGAUCCUCGAUUUGGGGUGUAUGAGGUCGGUGGCUGGGGUUCAGUGGGUCAAUGAAGUACUACAUCGAUGGCAUAACGAGGGAUGUUGGUACAGCAUUGAGAAAGAGUGUGAGGCGUUCAAGUUUGGAGGUGGCGAGGUCUUGAACAGCAAGUACCGUUUGUCCUUUGUGGGCUUCUUUGCAGGCAAUUUUUAUCUACGGCUUCAGCAUAGUGGAGGGGAAGUGUCCGCCGUUGUUUUCACGUUCGGGAUGUUCUCAGCUUGGAGCCGGAGUGCUCCGACAAUGGCCGCCGGCGGUGUCCCGCUAUGCAAGCUUUGCCACAGCCCCGACCACAAGACCAAGGAGUGCCCGACCAUCGAGGAAUCGGACGGGGACUUCAAGAAGGUGGACGCCAUCAUGGUGGACUCGCCUCCGGAAGGGGAGCUUCCUCGGAGGAAAGCGGGCCCUCGACCUCAGACCGCGACGGUGAAGGGCCGACGUGCGUCGCACACUCCAGCCACGGCUUCGACGGCGGCAACGAGUCCUUUGGAGGCCACCGGCUUGACAGCGGACGAGGUGGCCCUCGCCAAAGCCAAAACGGCCCAGAACAGGAGAAAGGCCUUGACCGGAGUGAACCAGCAAUGCCUGGAGCUACGAGCCUGCAUACAACGUGACGGCGUCUAUGGCAAGUCGGAUGAGAGCUUACCUGUGGAAGAAAUUGUUAUGGCUGUUAUGGCAAAUCAGAGCCAAGCGUGCCAUAGAAGCCGACGGAGACAAGAGGUGGAAAAGGAAUCCAAGGUGGUUGAGUCACCUCUUUGCCAAGGAGAUCGGAAGCUUUUGGGGCCAUCUAGGCUCGAUGAGGCAGCCCUGAGCUCACGACGUCACCUCGAGGAUGAUGAGCUCUGGAAGGGCGGCGCCGUGGUUCAGGGUCGUUUCGUUGUGCUGGUACAGCCCGCCGGCUCCGAGGCCCUGGCGCUUAGUUACAUGUUGGAGCGGGAGGCCGUGUGUCGGGCCACGGUGUGCAUGUGUGCCUUUGGCUUGAAGGACCCGGAGAACGGCAAGCCCUAUCAGUAUAAGGCCGCGGUGGAUGUCAACGACGGCAACCUGGCCAAGGAACUCAUGCUGAAGGCCCACUGCACGCACAAGCCAGCUGAGCACCAGCCCUUCGAGGAACUACGUUGCAUGGUCCGAGGCAACCCAGCCCGGCGAGGAAUGGUCGCUGUGCCACGCGACCCUUGGAACUAUGUGGGAGACGGCUCCGGUGAGUAG